AUGGACGUAAAGGAUUUCAAGAUCACCCCAAGUAACGCAAUCGGCCUGGAGUCCCUGCGUCCGCCUCCGUCAAGCUCGGAUGUCUCGGUCGACGACAAGCAGGACGCCCCGAUCAACGGCUCGGCAUCGGUGCCGCCCACCCUCUCAGACGCGCUCAUACGCGAGGCACAUACCCAGACUGACUCAGGCUCGACAGACGUAAACGAUGCCAAGCUAAGAAGACGGGCGCGUUGGGCCCUUUUUGUCAUGGCUUUCUUCAUGGGCGAUGUGCAAGACGGGAUUGGACCCUUCCUCGGCGUUUACCUCCAGCAACACGGGUGGUCUCCCGGCCUGCGCGGCUCCGUGAGCACAGCUAGCGGCGUGGCCACCAUUAUCGCGACCGCGCCGAUCGGUGCGCUCAUAGACGCAACGAAAUACAAGCGCCUUCUCGUCUCCGCCUUCGCCCUCCUGGUCGGCGUGUCCCAAGGGCUCAACCUGCUCACCACGCACCCGGCACUCGUCUUUUCCACACAGAUCGUGUCCGCCGUUGCGGGCACGAGCAUGAUGCCCCUACUCGUGGCGCUCACGCUAGGCGUCUGCUCUCGCCAUCCCGGCAGCGACGACGCUGCCAAGGGCAAGAACAAGCACAGCUUCCGCGCGCUCAACGGGCGCAACCAGGCGGCCAACCACGCGGGGAACAUGGUCAGCGCGGGCCUGGCUGCCGUGCUGGGCGAGCGUUUCGGGCUGACGGCGGUCUUCUGGCUGGUCAUGGCCUUCUGCGCCGCGACGAUGGGAAGCGUCCUUCUGCUGCCGGAGCGGGCGAUCGACCACGCGGCCGCAAGGGGGGGUCCUUCUGUCGACGAUGAUAUGAACACUACCGGUGGUCCACAGGAUAUACAGGAAAGAGACAGGUCAGGGACUGACGAAGAAGCGGAACGGGGUGGUGCUUCCCAGACUCAGACUCGGGAGGCUCCAAUCGCCAACCCAAAGGAAAAGAAGAAGAAACGGUUCCUGAACAGCACACUCGGACUCCUGCUGAGGAACAAGCCUCUCGUCGUCGUCGCCGUCACCGUGUUCUCGUUCCACCUCGGCAACGCUGCGAUCCUCUUCCUCUACGGCCAGGCCCUCGUGGCCGCCGGCGAAGGAAACCCCGCCAGCACGACCGGCCUGACCGUCAUCAUCGCGCAGGGAACCAUGGUCAUUGUGUCAGUCCUGACAUCGUGGCUCGCCGGCCGCAGCGGGUACUGGUUCGCCGUCCUGCUGUCGUACGCUGCCCUGCCUGUCCGCGCCGCCGUCGCGGGCCGGUUCAUCAAGAGCUGGGGCGUCUGGCCCGUCCAAAUCCUCGACGGUGUCGGCGCAGGAAUUCAGAGCGUCGCGAUCCCCGGGCUGCUGGCCGUCAUGAUGGCCGGGACCGGACGGGUCAAUGUCACUUUCGGCAUCGUUGGCGGCGUGACCCGCCAGACGGGCGCCGCCAUCUCGCACUCAUUGGGGGGCUGGAUGGCGGAGGCCAGGGGAUACAGCUUUGCGCUCUACCUGUCAGGUGUCUUUCCGCUUGUCUCACUGGCAAUUUGGCUGGGGUUUUACAAGAUGCUACGCCCGGUCAUGGAUAGGAAACCUAGUGAGGGGGUAAUGCUCACAGUUUAG